AACUGUAGAAUGUCCUAAAUAUUUUUUGAGACAUAUUUUUCAUUUAUGAAAAACAUAUAAUAGUAAUAAAUUUAGAAGUCCAAACUCCACCCGCAAAGUGGGAGAAGAAUACAACAAAAAUAAACACACACACUGUGAGUUACAGAGCUCUUCAGAAAUUCACAGUGAUGGCAGAGAAUCUAAGCCCAACAAAACUAGAUUACUUCGAUGACAUGUUCAAACUCCAAUCCACUUCCACCCUCCUCUCUUCCUUCCUGAGUGAUGAUGGGCGGCAGACUUUGGUGCUGGAAUCCACUAUUUUCCACCCACAAGGCGGCGGCCAGCCUUCAGACAAGGGCUCCAUCUCCACCGCGCAGCUCACCUUCAUUGUUGAGGAUGUCCGAUCCAAGGAUAAGAUCGUGUAUCACUAUGGCCGGUUCUUGAAUUCCAAAGAUGAGAAUUUUGGGAAAGGCGCCCAAGUUUCCUUGAGUGUGGAUGAAGAUAGGCGUAGUCUUAAUUCGAGGCUACACUCGGCUGGGCAUCUGCUUGAUUUGUGUGUGAGAAUUGUGGGUUGGGAGCACUUGGAGCCUUCAAAAGGAUACCACUUUCCGGAUGGGCCGUAUGUAGAAUACAAAGGCGCAGUUCCUCAGAAUGAACUGCAGAGCAAGCAGAAUGAACUGCAAGAGGAAGCUAGCAGUUUGAUCACAAAAGGAGGGAAAGUGUCCGUCUCUAUUUUACCCUACGACGAAGCUUCUCAACUCUGCGGUGGAUCACUCCCCGAUUACAUACCUAAGGACAGCACGCCCCGGAUCGUGCAGCUAGGCCAAACCCUAGGAUGUCCGUGCGGAGGCACACACGUUGGAGACAUUAGUGAGAUCUCGAGUCUGAAGGUCUCUCAAAUUCGGACUAGAAAGGGAUUGACAAAAGUUUAUUACAACGUUGGAUAGUUUGUGUGAAUCCUAUGUCAAAUUGAAUUCAACCUUAAACUAGUUAUACAAGCACAAUAUAGUCGAACAUGUUAGAUUUUUUUUUUUUUUUUACUUUGUAGUUUUUUUUAUAAACUUGUUCGAGGUUUAUCUUGUUUUGAAAUUUGUGGUGGGCAUGAAUAUGUUUGGGGGAUAAAAUCAAACUCUAAUUAUUUAUUCCACGAAAUUGAUAUUUUUAAAUAGUGAA